AUGGCGGACUUGGCCUAUCCAGGGGAUGAAAUAAUCCCGAACCCCGAAAUGCACUACAAUCACACCAAACGCAUCGGAGCUUCUCCGGCAGAGAUUUUUCCUUGGGUGCUCCAGAUUGGUAAAGGCCGUGGAGGGUGGUAUUUACCAUUGUCAUGGGAGAGGUGGCUUCCCAAAUGUUGGCAUGCAAGCCGCACUAUCAACCCUGCAUGGCAACAGCUGCAGGUGGGGGACCGCGUUGCAGACUAUGGCUUCGACAAGGACGAUUACUUUGACGUCGCGUAUGUCGAUCGGCAGAGGACGAUCUUGGUGUUCAAGAGCGAACGACUAGGCACAGUCUUCACCUGGUCUUUGAUUGUGGCGGAGCUCGAGGCAGGCAUGAGCGAGCUGCGACUACGUUUUAGGGGUCGCAUUCAUCGUACGGGGCUGGGUCGAAGGUUGCUUGUCCUCGGUGGAAGCUUUAUGGACUGGGCGACUACAGCGCCAAUGCUAGCAGGACUGAAAGAACGAGCGGAGAAAGCGCACGCCAGAUAG